AGACGGGAACUCCAUAAGAAAAAGUUUUUCAAGCAAAAUGGUGGGAUCUUAUUGCAGCAAAAAGUACUGAAAGAAAGCGAGAGAGUAAAAAUAUUUACACAAGAAGAGCUUGAACAAGCAACGGAUAACUACAGCGAAAGUAGAUUUCUUGGUCAAGGAGGGUAUGGCACAGUUUAUAAAGGAAUGCUCCAGGACGACACUAUUGUUGCAAUCAAAAGGUCGAAGCAAGUUGAGGCAAACUGCAUCGAUCAAUUCAUUAAUGAAGUUAUUAUCCUUUCUCAAAUAAACCACAAAAACAUUGUCAGGCUUCUGGGUUGUUGUUUGGAAACUGAGUUUCCUUUGCUAGUUUAUGAAUUUGUUUCGAAUGGAACCCUUUUCCCCCACAUCCACAAGAAAGACCCUGGGGAAUCACCUUCUCUUUCGUGGGAAACUCGUCUCAUAAUCGCUUUGGAAGUUGCAGGAGCUAUAUCUUACAUGCAUUCUACAGCCUCAACUCCAAUUUUUCACAGAGAUAUCAAGUCUUCAAACGUACUUUUGGAUGAUAACUACAGUGCAAAAGUUUCUGAUUUUGGAACAUCAAGAUUUGUGUCAUGUGAUCAAUCUCAUUUGACAACAAAAGUGCAGGGAACUUUUGGAUAUAUAGAUCCUGAGUACUUCAGAUCUUGUCAAUACACUGAAAAGAGUGAUGUUUAUAGUUUUGGAAUCUUAAUGGUAGAGCUUUUAACCGGAAAGCUACCUGUCACAUUUGCAAGAAAUGAGGACAAGAAUCUAUUAGACUACUUCAUUUCAUUGGAAAAGGCUAAUGAGCUUGCUGAAAUUCUAGAUAUUGUAGUUGCCAAGGAAGAAAAGAUGGAGGUUGUUAACGUUGUCGCAAAUCUUACUGCUAAAUGUUUAAGAUCAAAAGGGAAAGAUCGGCCUACCAUGAAGCAGAUAUAUUUGGAACUAGAAGGAUUGAGGAAGUCUCAAAAUUGUUUAGACACUAUUGAAGAAAGUCAUUCAAUUACAACUUACUCAUUGCACUCUUUAGGGUUAAGUGAUGACGAGCUUCCAAGAUGA